GGUAUGCUUCAUUUGCGCACGCGCGGCCCACUUUCUUCCUUUCCGACACUCGAGCGAAAGAGACAAGAUGGGCCAUCAGCAGCUCUACUGGAGUCACCCCAGAAAAUUCGGACAGGGAUCCCGAUCCUGCCGGGUAUGCUCGAACAGACACGGUCUGAUCCGUAAAUACGGGCUGAACAUGUGCCGCCAGUGCUUCAGACAGUACGCUAAAGACAUCGGCUUUGUCAAGCUGGACUAGAUAUCUUGCACUGCCAUCUCCUCAGAUGGGUCAAGUGAUCUCUGGGAGGCCGUCAAGAUGGGAUAAUUCAGCACUGCAAAUAAAUGUGUUUUUUUGUCCAAGCUAAA